CUCCCCCUCUUUCGACAUCGCCGCCGCCGCUGACCCCCGUCCGACCCCAGGUGGCAGGUGAGCCUCCUUCCCCGAGGGCGGGCGACUAUCGACCGGACCCGGUCGUCGAGCCGGCCGCCUCCACCGCGAGCUCUGACGAUACCGCCCACACCGAUCACGCGGACGAGUCCACGCCAGCCCAUGAGAGCGGGGCCACACAGCUUCCAUCGCGGCUCGCGUCGCGCGCUUCUUCCGAGGUGAGUGGGACUCUCUCUUCUCCGACGCGCUGCGUCGUCGCACGCCCCUGCCCACCCGCACAUCACGUCGCACCCCCGUCACCACCACGUCGGGAGACGAGCGUCGGAUUGCGCGUUGCCUGCGCUUGGCAGCGUGCAACGAGACAUCUCGUGCGUGCGCGGCACUGGAGUCGGCCGAGGCGGCUCCAGACACGGAUCGCACGGUGCAUAGCCUACGGGCUAAGCACCCUAGCGCGGAGCGCCCUCUACCGGAGUGGCUCUCCACCUUCCACGAGGACGGCCUCGUGCUCUCUGCCACCCACUUGCGCCAGGCCAUUUUCACUGCACCGCGGGGCUCGUCGGGGGGACCGACCGGAUGGGUGGCAGAACACCUCCGUGACACCUACUUGGCAUUCCCACAGACCCUACCCUCCUUGCUGUCUGUGUACCAGCUCUGGCUCGGAGGACGCUGCCCCUCAGCUGCGCGUUCUCUUUUGGCCUCGUCCACCCUUGUGGCUCUCGCGAAGCCGAACGGGGACGUGCGGCCGAUCGCCAUUGGAGAGGUGCUCGUGCGCGUCCUCUCCCGCGCAGUCUGCCUCCAGCUCCGCGACCAGAUGGCGAGAGUGUUCCUCGCGUCACAGCAGUUCGGAGUCGGGGUCACGUGUGGCACAGAGGUCACCGUUAGAGGCGUUGUCCGCGCUCUAGCUGACCACCCAGGCUGGGUGGUUCUGCAGCUGGACGUGGCCAACGCCUUUAACUCUUUCUUUCGCGACGUCUUGUUCCAGGCACUGCAUGCCAGUCCUGAGUUCAGGUGCCUCAUUCCUUUCAUCCGUCUUUUCUACGGCACGCCGUCCGAUCUGCUCUAUCGGACCGGCAGGGGAUUAGUCCUGGCAGGUCAGUGCUCGUGCGGAGAGGAGAUCGCCGACAUGUCGGUGCCGCAUCACGCGGUGAGGUGCGCGCGCUUCGCGGUCGCCACGACCAUCCACGACACAGUGAAGUUCAUGCUUCGUGACUUCGCAGACGAGGCCGGCUUCGCUGUCCAGGUGGAGGACACGGCGCUCAUUCCGCACCUGGAGGCGGCGCGAGCUCGACUGCAGGUUUUGCACGCGGGGGAGGGGCAGGGGCAGGAGCGGGCAGGACAGACAGGACGGCAGCAGCGGCGGGAUCAGGAGGGGGGGGAGAGGCAGGCGGGUGAGGAGGGAGAGAGGCAGGGGGCGGAGGAGGAGCAGGAGGGGCAGCAGCGGCGGUUCGGCAGGGAGGAUCAGCAGCAGCAGCAGCAGCAGCAGCAGCAGCAGCAGCAGCAGCAGCAGCAGCAGCAGCAGCAGCAGCCGCAGCAGCAGCAGCAGCAGCAGCAGCAGCAGCAGGGCACGGGGGAGAGCCGGCGGGAGGAGGAGCAGCAGCAGCAGCGGCAGGGUGGCGGAGAGGGGCAGCAGCGGCGCGCGGGGGGAGAGGGGCAG